AUGCCGAUUCAGCACGUUGCAUUGUUGAAGCUCAAGCUCACGGUGCCGACUCCCCAGCAGAUGCAGAUCAUUGAGCACGCGUUACGCGUCAUGCGCUCCAUCCCUGAAGUGAGGAUGUGUCGUGGAGGGCGCCCAUUGCGGAUCAAGCAGGAAGGAUACAACUUCGCUGUUACUGCUGAACUUGACGACUGGGAUGCAUUCAAAAGAUACAUGAAACACCCCGAGCAUGUAAAACUAGAGCGAUUCCUCGCUCCUCUUCUUGAUGGGAUCCUAUCCUAUCAGAUCCACGUUACCGAGCACGCCGACCACCACGACGAUGUUCAGCCUCAUCGCGAUCGCCGCCAUCGCCGCAUCAUCGAACCGCGGGGCCAGUACGACGGUAUCAAUACCGGCGAGAAUCUCAUGGCCGAUGCCAGCGACACCCUCGUGGCAAAGCUGUAG